AUGCAGUGCGACGAUGUCACCUGGAACAUCCUGCACAAAGGACAAUGCUCCUACAAAGCAUGGUCGAAGCCCAAAAUGUUCUGCCGAAACGAAAUGAACUUGACUGGUCUGUGCAACCGAGCUUCGUGUCCGCUCGCGAAUUCGCAAUACGCCACCGUUCGUGAGGAGAACGGAGUGUGCUAUUUGUACGCGAAAGUCGUCGAACGAUCCCAUUAUCCGCGACGUCUCUGGGAGAAGACCAAACUCUCGAAGGACAUGAACAAGGCUCUAGAGCAGAUCAGCGACCAUUUGCUGCAUUGGAGUGAAUACGUGAGACACAAGUGCAAGGCUCGUCUCAUUCGCAUCCAUCAGUACUUGAUUCGAAUGCGCAAAAUGGCUGUUCGUGGAAAGUGAGUGGAAAAGUGAAUGCAAUUGGAUUAAUUUUCGUAUUGUUUUAGCCAGAAGAAGCUCAUUCCAAUUGGAAGAAAAGUAGAGAGACGUGAGAAACGUAGAGAGGAGAAGGCGCUCGUGGCCGCCAAGCUGGAUCACGCCAUCGAGAAGGAGCUGCUCGCCAGACUCAAGUGAGUGAAUUUUCUCUCAAUUCGGGCGGAAAUUAAAAGUUUUUCAGGCAAGGAACCUACGGAGAUGUCUACAACUUCCGUCAGGAAGCAUUCGAACAAAUGCUUGAGAAUACCGAGAAGGAGCUGGAAGUGGAGCAGGAGACCGAACAGGACGAUCCGGAUACCGGAGAGACACAGUUCGUCGCCGACUUUGACAGUUCGGAUGAUGAGGGAGAUAUGGAGGAUGGAAACGGAGGACACUGGUCACCACCGGAUACAGACAGUGAGCAGGAGGAAGACUGGCAGCCGGAGCAAGAGGAGGAAUCGGGCGAAGAGGAUGACGACGAGGAGGGAGGAGAUGAGCCGAUGGAUAUUGAGGAGCCGCCGAAGAAGAAAAAGAAGGUCGUGAAGAAGAAGGCGGAGAAGAAGGUAACAGAUGGAAAGAAGAAGAAGCUGAAGAAGAGAGCGCACGUCGAGAUCGAGUACGAAGAGGAGUCGGAGCCACGGCAACGUGUCAAGGCAUAA